CUCACACCACCAUGUGAAACCGUAAACAAAGUGGGGCAGAACGCACACUCAUGCAAGAUUGCAGAAUUCCUCAACGAAUUUCAUUAAAUUAGACCGGAAUUGCCGGUGAAUAUAACUAAAGGAGUUUCUAUCAACCUGUCCGACAGCCAACAGUCAGAAUGAAAGACGCCAAGCCCUUCCCCGUGCUCAAGAACGACAACCUGCUGCGGGCCGCCCGUGGCGAGGUGGUUGACCGCGUGCCCGUGUGGGUGAUGCGCCAGGCCGGACGCUAUUUGCCGGAGUUCCAAGAGCUGCGCAAGCAACACGACUUCUUCACCGUCUGCCGCACCCCGGAGCUAGCGUGCGAAGUGACCAUGCAGCCACUGCGCCGUUUCGAUCUGGACGCCUCCAUCAUCUUCUCGGACAUCCUGGUCAUUCCGCAGGCCCUCGGCAUCACCGUAGAGAUGCAUGCGGGUGUUGGUCCCGUCCUACCGCAGCCCAUCGCUGUGCCCGAGGACCUGAAGCGCCUGACUCCGGACGGAGCCCUGUCCCGUCUCAGCUACGUGGGCGACGCCAUCACCAUGAUGCGGCACAAGCUGGAAGGGCGAGUGCCACUCAUCGGCUUCACUGGGGCGCCUUGGACGCUCAUGGGCUACAUGAUUGAGGGCGGCGGCAGCAAGACCAUGUCCAAGGCCAAGGCAUGGCUUAAUGACUAUCCGGAGGACUCCAAGCUGUUCCUUAACCUUCUGACCGACGCCAUUGUGGACUACUUGGAGAUGCAGGUGAAGGCUGGCGCCCAAAUGCUGCAGGUAUUUGAAUCAUCGGCGGAGCACCUCUCAAAAGAGCAGUUCCUGCAGUGGGGAGCGCCAUACUUGAAGAGGAUACGCGACGAGUUAGUAGACCGACUCACCAAGAAGGCAAUUCCAGUGGUUCCCAUUACGCUUUUUGCUAAAGGUGCUGGACACUCUCUGAAGGAACAGAGCGAACUGGGCUACGACGUCAUUGGGCUGGACUGGACUGUGGAUCCCAUCGAGGCACGCAGUGUGGUGGGACCGAACAUAACGCUGCAGGGCAAUCUGGACCCCCAGGACAUGUACCGCGAUCCGGAUGAGCUGCGCAACCUGACCACCGAGAUGGUGCACAAGUUCGGCAAGUCGCGCUACAUCGCCAAUCUGGGGCACGGCAUCACGCCCCAGACCCCGAUUACGAGCAUGGAGGUGCUGGUGGAAGCGGUGCACAAGGCUUUAUAAGCGGCGGCUCCAGCUCUCUUAAUUAACUCAUUUAAUGAUGCUUUUAUCGAAUGCAAUAAAGACAAUUGGCCUUGGGUUUAGGGUAA